AUGGUAUUAUCGAAGAGAAUUGUCACAACUUUGAGAAACUUGUGCAUUCCUUGUUACCGACAGCUCCCACUGGCUUCAGAAGUGGUUGCUGAGUACAUUAGAAACAGGGAUCACCCUAGCUGGACCUCGUUUUUCCUACCGUACAAGUCAGUAUCGUUAAAUAAUUUGCAUGAUCAAUAUGGUAGAGUAUAUAAUACUGUUUCAGGUGUGUUCAAGACGAUUUGUACGGAGAGAAGCACUUUAACUUUCCCGUGGACAGUUGCAACUACCACAUCUUAAGGGUAGGUUGCUACCCGUACGUCAAGUAUCACUGUACCAAAAGAGCGCCACAAGACCUUAACUUGGAGAACAAUUUGUUCAAAGUCAUCACCGCCCUCAAUUUGGGUAUGUUUUUACUCUUACAUUACUACCUACUACUUAACCUUACAAUGGACUGUAAAUGUAAAAGUAUUUUUUUUUCAGGUAUCCCUUGUUUGUUGUAUGGAAUUGCAGCCAUUUUUCUAAUCAAACACACGGACUACGUGCAUCUCAAGGGACAGAAACCUAUCCCAAUUCAUUUUCUUAUACUGGAAGAUCAUCAAUAA